AUGAAGGUUUCUAUUUCUCCGGUGGGCGUCAGCAUCACUAGAAAAGGGAAGGCAAGGACUCUGGGCUUAGGAGUCAAGAUGAUACCCUAUGUGACGUUGUGCAAAUAUUUUCCUGUCGCUAUAGUUGUGGUCAUAGUUUUCAGUGUCAAUGGAUACAUUGAAGAUCCUCUUUUUGACUGCCUGCAAGAUUCAGACUAUGCCGAACUCCUUGAAAUUGUGAACAGAGGUCUUCCCUUCACAAAGACACCUCAUCAUAUUGCCAUCAUCGGUGGUGGUAUUGCUGGACUGACUGCAGCAAAGUUUCUGGAGGACGCAGGGCACAAGGUGACUUUAAUAGAGGCAAGUGGUCGAAUUGGAGGACGGGUUGAGACCUACAGAAAUAGAAGAGAGGGAUGGUAUGCAGAACUGGGUGCUAUGAGGAUCCCUAGCUUUCACAAAAUUCUUUUAUCAUUUGCAUUAAAAAUGGGCCUUGGACUGAAUCCAUUUAUCCAAGAUGACAUCAACACAUAUUACCAUGUGAACGGGUUGCUGCAGAAAACAUAUAGGGUUAAAGAGAACCCAGACGUGCUGAACUAUCCCUUGACUGACAAGGAAAGGGGAAAAUCGGCUGGUCAGCUCUUCGACUUGGCCCUGUGGAAGAUAAGGGAUGAUAUCAAGACAGCUGGCUGCAAGGCCAUGUUGAGAAAAUAUGACUCGUACUCAGUCAAGGAGUAUCUAGUGAAGGAGGGGAACCUGAGUCGUGGUGCCCUGCGCAUGAUUGGAGAUAUCCUGAAUGAGAACAGCCUCUUCUACGCAUCACUUACUGAGAUGCUGUAUAUUCAGUCAGAUAUUAACGACAACACUGUCUAUUACGAGAUCACUGAUGGGUUUGACCAUUUACCAAGGGCAUUUUACCAGGCCCUCAACAGCACCAUCCUUCUCAACUCCAAGGUCCGACUCAUCAGUCAAACCAGCAGCAACGUGACCCUAUCCUACCAGGACUGGCGCAAUCCAUCCUCCCUGACCAACCUUACAGUAGACUAUGCCCUGGUGACAGCUACAGCAAAGGCCACCCUUUUCAUGGACUUCCAACCCCCGCUGUCACCCCAGAAGAUGGAGGCCCUGCGGUCCGUGCACUACGCCAGCUCCACCAAGGUGGUCCUCAGCUUCAGCGAGAGAUUCUGGGAAAAGGAGGGCAUCAAAGGGGGGAAGAGCAUCACGGAUCUCCCCUCUCGUUUCAUCUACUACCCUAGCCACAGCUUCCCAGGCACGGCUGGGGGGGCUCUCCUGGCAUCCUACACCUGUUCCGAUGACUCCACUCUGUUCCAGGGGGUGAGCGAGGAUGAGCUGAAGGCUUUGGUGCUGGAUGACCUUGUAAAGAUCCAUGGGGAGGUUAUACGUCCUCUCUGCACUGGAGGGUUAGUGAAGAAGUGGGGGCUGGAUCCCUUCAGCCUGGGGGCUUUUGCCAUUUACACACCUUACCAGCAGACGGACUACGCCUCGGACCUGUUCAGGAAUGAGAGCAGAGUCCACUUUGCUGGGGAGCACACUGCCCUACCUCAUGCUUGGAUCGAGACUGCCAUGAAAUCUGCACUAAGGGCAGCCAGGAACAUCAGUAACCUGGCAUGA